GCACUUCACAUCUGUACUUGUUGCACAAAAUCUGUCGUGCACCUCCUUAAGCAACCCCCGUCAAGAAACCCCAAGUUAAGCAACGCCAAGAGAAAAUAAGGUGACAUUGGUAACACAUAAAAAACAAAAAAAAAAUCCAUCAACAUCAAGAACUAGUCACAGCCAUGGAAGAAAAAGAUGUGCUUGAGGAGAAGGCACAGGAAGAAGAAUAUGUUGAUGACAAUGAUGAUGAACUCAUGAAGAGCAAUUUACCAGUACAAAACCAAUCAAGUUGGUUCACAAAAAUGAUAUCAUUACAAGUAGAGAUCAUCACAACUAUCUUAGUAUCUCUAGUUUCACCCAUUUUCUACAUCAUAUCUUUUGCUAACUCUGACUUCAACUUGCUACGCCCUGAGGAAACUGAAAAGAACGUUGUUGCAGCUGUAAAUGCAGUAGCUACAGUUCCUUCAAAGGUAGUUCAUGGAGGUACUUUGCUUUUAAAGAAAUUUGGGGUUGGAAUUCUUGGAGCUGCUUACGUGGCUAUGGUUUUGACAACGUUGUUGAUUGUGUCAGGGGUUUUGGGAUUUGGGUUGGUGAGGAUGUGGAUGGAAGAACCUGUGGUUUUGAGAGAGAAGUUGUAUUUUGAUUAUGCAGAUGUGAAUCCAAAGGCUGUGUUUUCGUUUGUUGAAUUUGGUGGGGAGAAAGGUGGAGGAAUUGGAGGUUAUGGUCAUAGUGAUAUUGGUGUGCCUGUUGGGCAUACAAUGUAUGUUUCUUUGUUUCUACUCAUGCCUGAAUCUGAUUUCAACAGAGACAUUGGUGUUUUCCAGUUGGUUGCAGAAGCAUUAUCAAAAGAUGGGCUCAUAAUGGCAAGAUCAAGUCAUCCAUGUAUGUUACGUUUCAGAAGCCUGCCAAUCCGUCUCAUGCGAGAAUUUAUGAUGAGUGUACCUCUAGUACUUGGACUUACAGCUGAAACACAAACGAUUACCGUUCCAAUGUUAAAGCACAAGGAAGGUCUGCCUAGAACAGAAGCAAUCAGAAUAACUAUGAUACCUCGAGCCGGCACUUUGGCCCUGCCCCAACUCUAUCAGUCCGAGAUCGUAUUGAAAUCUCGGCCUCCUUGGUAUAAAGACUUGGUUUACAAAUGGAAAUGGACAUUUUCUAUCUGGACCUCAAUGUAUAUAUACGUCACUCUGCUCGUAAUUCUCCUCAACUGGUGCAGACCACUCGUAUUUCCAGGCAUAGCGACAAGCUUUAUGGCUCGCGCUGACGUGGAUUUAACCAUAGAAGAACAGGAAGAACCACAAGAAAAAGGUCAAGAAGAAAGUGAUGUGUCCGAAUCAGUAAGAAGAUGGCGCCAGAGAAGAAGAAAGAGGAAAGAAAUGCUUCAACAAAGUGUCUCACCAGAGCCCUCGGAUGAUGCUGCAUCAAGCAUUUCCAUAACUAGGGAAGACACGGCUGAUUCAAGCGAGUGAAGUGUUUUAGAAGUGAAACUUUUAAGGAUAGAUUUGCGUUUUUAUAAGUCUAGUGACAGGCAGUGCUGUUUCAGCAGUUUAAAAGUUUACAAUGUCAAUUUUGGACAGAGUCAGGAGUUUGUAAUUGAAAUAGUUGCACACUGAGGGUUGCAGAACUCUUGCAAUCUACAUGAGGUAAAACCUUAUAAUCUUUAUAUUUUGUGUUUUCCCUCAAAACUAUAUUCCCACACAAUUAAUUGAGUUGCUAAAAUAUCCCCAUACAAUUAGUUGAGUUGCUAAAUUUUUCGAAUCUCUUUCUCAGGUAGUGUAGUUGUUCUGUUACAAACAGAGGAAACAUGUGCCCUUCAUAGGCAGUGUUACAGUUUGUUCUAAAAGCACCAUGGUCCCAGUUUGCCCUGCAAAAGUAAUCAAAAACCAAAAGAGUGAAACUUGUUAAAACCACUUAUAAGUAAUCAAAACACAGAUUUUACUUAUUACUUUUUAUAAAAAUUGAAGUCAACAACCUAGACAAAAGGCAGUAAGAUAAAAAAAAAUCGCAUAUUC